UCCCACCGCCGGCCACUUUGCCCCUGGGGGGACCGAGCAGCUUUGUUCUUGGGCAGCAGCUGGGCUGGCUGCCGCCGCUGCACUUCUCCCGGAGGACCUGUGUCCCCUUUGCUUAUGUGUGUGUUUUUCCAGCACUUUCUGUUUUAUUUUCCAAGUUCCAAGCCUAACCUUUUUGCUUUAUUUCUUUAGUUAUUGGUCUUAAAACUAGCUCUUUCUAGGCACCCGUGCCCCCAGACUUAUUACAAGCCUUAUCUCAAGACUGAGAUUGCUAGAUCUUCUUUUUGGUGGGGGCAGAGUGAGAGGGGUCGCUGGCCUGUGACCCCUCCACCCCCCAGGAGGGGGCCGCCUGGGGCUGGCUCCUUCCAGGACUCUGCUUCCGGUGAAUUCCUGCUCUGGACUGGAACCCUAGCUGGCAUCGUUUUCAGCUUCUGCCCUGGCAGGGUAUGUUCCCGUAGAGCCUGGUGCCGCCUCCUCCUGGCCAAGAGAUGCGUGUUCCCACGCGCGGGAGAGCCGUGGCCUGCCUCCUGUGGCUGCUGUUGCUGUGGAGCGGGGACGGCGGCUGUCGGGCCCAGAGGGCAGGCUGCAAGACCGUGCACUACGACCUGGUCUUCCUCUUGGACACCUCCUCCAGCGUGGGCAAGGAGGACUUUGAGAAGGUGCGGCAGUGGGUGGCCAACCUGGUGGACACCUUCGAGGUGGGUCCCGAGCGCACCCGCGUGGGCGUGGUGCGCUACAGCGACCGGCCGGCCACGGCCUUCGAGCUGGGCCUCUUUGGCUCGCGGGAGGAGGUCAAGGCGGCGGCGCGGCACCUGGCCUACCAUGGCGGCAACACCAACACGGGCGACGCGCUGCGCUUCAUCACGCGCCACAGCUUCUCGCCGCAGGCCGGCGGCCGCCCCGGGGACCGCGCCUUCAAGCAGGUGGCCAUCCUCCUGACCGACGGCCGCAGCCAGGACCUGGUGAUGGACGCCGCGGCCGCCGCCCACCGCGCGGGCAUCCGCAUCUUCGCCGUGGGCGUCGGGGCGGCGCUCAAGGAGGAGCUGGAGGAGAUCGCCUCGGAGCCCAAGUCCGCACACGUCUUCCACGUGUCCGACUUCAACGCCAUCGACAAGAUCCGCGGCAAGCUGAGGCGCCGCCUGUGCGAAAACGUGCUGUGCCCCAGCGUCCGUGUGCAAGGAGACCGAUUUAAGCACACCAAUGGCGACAGCAAGGAAAUCACAGGUUUUGACCUGAUGGAUUUGUUCCGUGUGAAGGAGAUCCUGGGGAAGAGAGACAACGGAGCGCAGAGUUCCUAUGUCCGGAUGGGAUCCUUCCCUGUGGUGCAGAGGACAGAGGAUGUGUUCACACAAGGUUUGCCUGAUGAGUAUGCCUUCGUCACCACCUUCCGGUUCAGGAAAACGUCUCGGAAAGAAGACUGGUACAUCUGGCAGGUCAUUGACCAGUACGGGAUCCCACAGGUCUCCAUCCGGCUGGAUGGCGAGAACAAGGCAGUGGAGUACGAUGCCGUGGGCGCCAUGAAGGACGCCGUGAGGGUGGUGUUCCAAGGCCCCCGGGUCAGUGACCUCUUUGACCGGGACUGGCACAAGAUCGCCCUGAGCAUCCAGGCCCAGAACGUCUCCCUGUACAUCGACUGUGUGCUGGUGCAGACGCUGCCCAUUGAGGAGCGGGAGAACAUCGACAUCCAGGGCAAGACUGUGAUCGGCAAGCGCCUGUAUGACAGCGUGCCCAUCGACUUUGACCUGCAGCGGAUUGUGAUUUACUGUGACUCCCGACACGCGGAAUUGGAGACUUGCUGUGACAUCCCCUCAGGCCCGUGCCAGGUGACUGUGCUAACGGAGCCUUCGCCCCCACCCCAGCGGCCUCCCACCGUGGGCAGUGAACAAAUCGGGUUUUUGAAGACCAUCAACUGCUCCUGCCCGGCUGGAGAAAAGGGCGAGAAGGGGUCCGAUGGUCCCGUGGGACUCCCCGGCCCAAAGGGAGACACGGGAGCCACUGGGUUGGCUGGAGCUCCUGGACCCAAGGGAGAAAAAGGUGACGUGGGCAGGGGGCCUUUUGUCCAUGGAGAGAAGGGUGAAAAGGGUUCCCUGGGCCUGCCCGGUUCCCCUGGGAGAGACGGCAGCAAAGGCAUGCGGGGGGAGCCGGGAGAGCCGGGGCUUCCUGGAGAGGUGGGAAUGCGGGGAUUCCAAGGACCACCUGGACCCCCCGGGCCUCCUGGACACGUUGGAGCUCCUGGUCUCCAAGGAGAACGAGGUGAAAAGGGAGCCCGAGGAGAAAAGGGGGAGCGAGGCCUGGAUGGAUUCCCUGGGAAGCGUGGGGAGACGGGAGAGCAGGGAAGACCUGGCCCUCCUGGUGUGGCAGGGCCCCAGGGAGAGAAGGGUGACGUGGGGCCUGCAGGACCUCCUGGGGUACCGGGCUCUGUGGUGCAGAGAGAGGGCCUGAAGGGCGAGCAGGGAGCUCCAGGACCACGAGGCCACCAGGGCCCACCUGGGCCACCAGGAGCUCCGGGUCUGAUGGGUCCCGGAGGCAAGGCUGGACCUCCUGGUUUGCAAGGUCUCCGGGGGAAGAAAGGAGAAGUGGGCCCGCCGGGAACCCCUGGAUUGCUGGGGCCGCAGGGCCCUCCAGGACCACCUGGCGUCCCCGGUCCCCCUGGACCCGGAGGCCCCCCGGGUUUACCUGGAGAGAUCGGCUUCCCAGGAAAACCUGGGCACCCCGGGCAGGCGGGCCCACCUGGAAAGGACGGGCAGAAUGGAGCCCCAGGCCUGCCGGGACCCAAGGGGCAGCCAGGAGAGAGAGGGGAAGACGGUCUGCCUGGAAAACCCGGCCCCAGGGGACCCUCUGGACCACCAGGAGACAAAGGGCCCCCGGGAUCCCGAGGCUUACCCGGAUUCCCCGGCCCCCAGGGACCAGCUGGCCAGGACGGUGUACCAGGAAAUCCAGGAGAAAGAGGGCCUCCUGGCAAACCAGGGCCUUCUUCUCUACUGUCUCCAGGGGACAUAAAUCUCUUGGUCAAGGAUGUGUGCAAUGACUGCCCUCCAGGCCCCCCGGGCCUUCCUGGUCUGCCAGGUUUUAAAGGGGACAAAGGUCUCCAGGGAAAGCCAGGGAGAGAAGGCACAGAAGGGAAAAAGGGAGAUGCUGGGCCCAGGGGCCUCCCAGGGCCUCCAGGAAUCGCUGGACCACAGGGAAGUAAAGGAGAGCGUGGUGCAGCUGGUGAAGCUGGACAGAAAGGUGACCAGGGUCAUCCUGGAGUUCCUGGUUUCAUGGGACCCCCCGGGAACCCUGGGCCACGGGGAGCGGAUGGCGUUGCUGGGGCCGCUGGACCUCCAGGGAUCCAAGGGCCGCCGGGGAAAGAAGGUCCUCCUGGCCCCGAAGGCCCAUCUGGGUUACCCGGAAUCCCGGGAGAAGAAGGCAAAGAGGGCAGAGAUGGAAAACCAGGUCCCCCCGGGGAGCCGGGCAAAACUGGAGACCCGGGUCUACCAGGACCAGAGGGAGCCCGCGGCCUGCCUGGCUUCAAGGGACACACAGGCGACUCUGGUGCACCGGGCCCCCGGGGAGAGCCUGGUGCCAUGGGGCCCCCUGGCCGGGAAGGGUCGCCAGGAAAAGAUGGUGACACUGGACCCACAGGGCCACAGGGUCCCCCAGGACUAAGGGGCCCACCGGGUAAGAACGGAUCACCGGGAUCUCCAGGAGACCCUGGCCCGGCAGGAAGCCCUGGCCAGAAGGGGAACAAAGGAGACCACGGCAGCCCGGGACUCCCCGGCUUUCUGGGUCCCCGGGGGCCUCAGGGGGAGCCAGGAGAGAAGGGCAUCCCAGGCAAGGAGGGCACCCCCGGGAAGCCCGGAGAGCCAGGACCCAAAGGAGAAAGGGGAGACCCCGGGAACAAAGGUGACAAAGGACCCCCUGGUGGGAAGGGCCAGCCUGGGGACCCUGGAAUCCCCGGUCACAAAGGCCACACAGGCCUGAUGGGCCCCCAAGGACCACCUGGGGAGAAUGGACUGGCCGGGCCCCCGGGGCCUCCGGGACAGCCAGGAUUUCCGGGACUGAGGGGGGAGUCUCCCUCCAUGGACACCCUGCGGCGGCUCAUCCAAGAAGAGCUUGAGAAACAGCUGGAAACCAAACUUGCCUACCUCCUGGCCCAGAGGCCGCCGGCACAGAUGAAGUCAUCGCAAGGCAGACCUGGGCCCCCGGGGCCCCCAGGAAAAGAUGGGCUUCCAGGAAGGGCCGGCCCCAUGGGCGAGCCAGGGCGGCCCGGGCAGGGGGGUCUGGAAGGGCCGUCUGGACCAAUAGGUCCCAAAGGUGAGCGAGGAGCCAAAGGAGACCCGGGUGCACCUGGAGUUGGCCUCCGAGGGGAGAUGGGGCCGCCAGGCAUCCCAGGUCAGCCCGGGGAACCUGGCUAUGCUAAAGAUGGGCUCCCUGGGGCCCCCGGCCCUCAAGGGGAGACGGGACCAGCGGGACACCCUGGCCCCCCAGGCCCGCCGGGGCCCCCUGGCCAGUGUGACCCCUCCCAGUGUGCCUACUUCGCCAGCCUCGCUGCCCGGCCAGGGAAUGUGAAGGGCCCCUAGAAGAUUCUGGAAUGCCAGGAGGUGGCACUGAAUUUCUGAAACUUGAACUCAAAGCCUGAUAAGAAGCCAGAGGUCUUGAAACAUUACAGUCACGUGUUUUCUUUUUUCUUUUUCUUUUUUUUGUCUUGCUUUUAUCAUUUGUUUUGUCUUAUUUUCUUGAAAGACCUCAACAUUAUUAAAACCAAGAGAUGCUGCCGGUCGGUCAGAUUAUUAUUAAUAUUAUUAUUGUUUAUUAUUAUUAUUAUUAUUAUUGUUAUUAUUAUUUCAUGUAAUAAUGCUCCACGAGUUUUCCCCUCUCCUCCGAAGCUGGGAGAACUUGAUUGUGGGGCAGCGGGUUGUUUCUGGGUUCUUCCGACAGCCCCCGUCUGGAGUGGACCUGCCCAUCUUGAGGAGACUCUUGGUGCUAUGACACCCUGACCAGACAUUUGCCAGAUUUACCUCUUUCCUCACAAGGAAACUAGGAAAGUUACGGCAGUGGGCUUCCAUUCUCCGCCAUGCCCAGGAGAGACACGUGAAGCAGGAGGAGAAAGAGCGUGCAGACACGAAGGACGUUCUCCCCUCCCGCGGGGAAGUGCACUUGGAGAGCACAGGCUCGGUCCUUAGGGAGCAGACACGGCCACGUCAUUGCUUCAGGCUCGAGGACGCAAAAUCACGGCACUUGACUUGGCAAAGGCUCCUUGGGAUCCUGUGUGGGGGCCGAAGACCGGAAAGCCGAUGUGAAGCCGUGGACGGGACUCCUUCCAGCUCCUCAGUGUUGGUUCCACUCACUUGGAUUGUACAGUAAGGGGGUCCGGUGGCCACUGCCGUGAUUUCCGGACGGUGGGCUGGCCGGGGGUGGGACAUCUGUGCCUCCAGGGUUCUGCCUCGGAAAUAAAGCGCAUUGUGUGUGUGUGUGCGUGUGUGUGUGUGUGUGUGUACCUGACAGGUGCUCAAUAAAUCUGAGUUUCCUCUUCGGCCCUGCAUGACAA